AGGAAAGAAUAUCUAACACAUCCUGCGGUGCUCUAUCUACCUUUACUCUCUUUCCACUCAUUUGAAAUUGUCCCUCAUGUUCAAGCUCUCUGCUACCCUUGCCCUCCUUGCCCUCGCCCAAGCUGCUCUUGCUGCCGUCUCCAUCACCAACCCUGUUGCUGGAACUCUCUGGAAGCAAGGCGCUAAGGUCACCAUCACCUGGACCGCCACUGGUACCGAUGCUACUGGCACCAUCCCCAUUGCACUCAUGAACGGCCCUGCUACCUCCCUUCAACCCGUCACUACCAUCAACGAUGCUCAAAAGGCUUCUGCCUCUGGAAAGUACACAUGGACCGUUCCCGCUGAUAUUGCUGAUGGUGCUGACUACACCGUUGCUUUCGGUACCGCCCCCAACUACUACUACUCCCAUCAUCUCCACCGCCGCUCCCCUCUCCACUGCUGCCCUCCCCAGCACCAUCUCCGCUUCCAAGGCCUCAGGCUCUGCUUCUGCCUCUGUCAAUGCCUCUGCAUCUGCUGCUCCCACUACCACCAUCUCUGGGGGAUCUCGCUCCGCCGUUGCUGCUUUCGCUGUCCCCGCUGCUGCUGCUGUCGCCGCUGCCAUCUCUUUCUUGUAAAGAGGCAAAAGCAAAAUGCUACAAUUGACAAAUACACUUCUUUUUACACAAUUUACACCCACUUAAUACAAUGCAGAUAUAUGCUGAAUCACAUUUGUCCGCCGAAAAGUGUCGAAUUUAGGAAUGAUCAUUCAAUAUUGUUUUGUUGCCAUUACUUUUGAUCUGCUAGGAUAGAGCAGACUCUCAAACGACCAUCGCGAAAAUAAGUUGCAUGUCAACGUAUCACAUAGGUAUUAAUAGAAGGUGGCUGCUUCAAGAGGAAAAGGAACAACUAUACGUCUAUUACCCAUCACGUCAGUGAGUUCUUAAGUAAGACAGUGCUUUCUAAGCGCAUAAUCGGUAAUGCACGAAGCUCCACCACACUAUCUUGGUCGGACGUUACAAGCUUACUCCAUAGUAGUAUCAGCCAAGUUACACACUCCGUUGCUUUGCUUAAUGAUAUGCAUCACGACUUAGAUUGCUUGUAAGCUCCUGGACGGAAAGUGUCGACGCUA